AUGGCAGACAACAACAACCCCUCCCUCGAAUCUCUGGCAGCGACCGUCUCCGAGACGGUCAACGCCCUGUCCGCCAAGCUCAAGGAAAUCGCAUGCCCCGCGCCGUCAUUCGCUGAAGAUGGCCUCGUCGAAUACCCUAAGCUCCCAGAGCUCAACGGCCUCCGCUUCCAGCUUAUCGACGCAGCAGCAGACCUGUACCGACUUGCCCUCGGCCCAACCGACAAUUCCAUGUUUGCCCCCCUCCAUCUCAAUUAUGACGCCACCGUCAUCGACGUCCUCAACCACUUUGACAUCUGGAACGCCGUCCCCGUGGGCGGUUCAGCAUCAUAUAGUGAGAUCGCCACCAAGGUGAGCCUCCCAGAGAGCCUCGUCCGCCGCGUCCUUAAGUACGCCAUCACGAUCCGCUACUUUGCUCGUGACCCAAGCGACAAAGACCGCGUCGUCCACACCUCGCUGUCCGCCGUCCCCGCCAAGCAGUACCUCAUCCGCUCUUGGUUUCGCCACCACUUCGACGAGGCGCGCGUUGCGGGCGUCCACUUUGCCGAGUCGUUUGAGAUGUUCAGCGCCGGUAAGGACAAGCCCAGCGAGGAACCCAUCGAGAGUCCCUUUUCGCUGGCCAACGUGGAUAAGCUGAAGACGCCUGAGUCAUUCUGGGAUUACCUCAACCGCGAAGCAGAGGGUAAACCCAAGGGAUGGCGGGCGACCAAUUUUGCCGAGAGUAUGCAGGCGGCGUCGAGUGCGUCGGCUAUCCGGGCCGACGAUCUGCUUAAGAUUGGUUAUGACUGGGUUCAGCUCGGCGACGUUACCCUUGUUGAUGUCGGCGGCUCAAGUGGCCACGAUGCUGUCCAUCUGGCUCGCACGUUUCCCAACCUCAAGAAGAUCGUGGUCCAGGAUCUCCCCGAGGUGCAAGUGGCCUUUGAUGAGCGCCUCCCUGAAGAGCUCAAGUCCCGUGUCAUCUUUGAGCCCCACGACUUCUUCGGCCCGCAAAACACCCCCGGUGACGUCUACAUGCUGAAGACGAUCCUGCACGACUGGCCGGACAAGUACGCGGCCAAGAUCCUCGCCAACCUGGUGCCGCAGCUCAAGUCAGGCUCCCGCAUCCUGCUUGUCGAGGCGGUGGGCCUGCCAGAGGGUGUCGAGCCGCCCUUCCAGAUGCUGGGACGGACUUUUGCCGCCGCGGACUUGCAUAUGCUGGGCGUAUUCAACUCCUUGGAGAGGAAUCUGGAGGAUUGGAAGAAGCUUCUGGGGGAUGUCGACGAGAGGCUGGAGAUUGGCCAUGUUUCAGAGGUGCCUGGGGCUCUGCAUAACUUUAUCGAGAUCAAGUUCAGCGGUUGA